AUGGCACCACCUUCGUCGUUACUGAAGUUCCACUCACAAUCCUUCUACGCGACCGACAUCCUUGACGCUUAUACGGACAAGCUGCUGUAUGUCGUGCGUUCGGAGAAUGCGCCCCCGAACUCCAUCGAGCACGAAGCCAACUACGUCCUGUGCAAGACGACAAUACUCGCGGAUCACAAAAACCGAGAAGUUGCCCGCAUCGUGUGGGGUCAGCAUGGACGGCCGCUGCGUGUGCACUUUCAGCGCUUCAAGGGAGACGGUGGCUUGAGCCUUGCCGACCUUUGUGGCGAUCCCAAUGUUUCGUGGGAGCGAGUGGUUGAGGGAGGUGCAAACGAAGCGCGGUGCAAACUUCCCGUUGCGCGUUUCGACGCGACAUGGCGCGGAGGCCAGAACCGUUCAUCACUUCGUCACCAAGAUGGCUCUCUCCUUGCUGCGCUGGCACCAAACAUGUCGGUCACUGCAGAAGGUGGACUGCGUCAUGGUUCCCGCACUGAGGUCGGGUGUGACUACCUCCAACUGCACGGCCACCCUGCGACGGUGGGAUUGGAUGUCCAUCUCAUUGUGACGUUUCUCAUCCUCGAGUCCGCACGCCGGACAGCUUUCAAAAUCCCCUUCAGUGUGGUCCAACCGAAACGCCCAAAUAUGGUGCGGUUGUUCAGUGGCCUCGUUCGCCCGGCCCUCGCAGGCCGCAGCACGGAGUCGGAUUCCAAUGGUAGCAACUCCAGCGAUUCAUCUUCUGCAUCGUCACCUGUACCUGCAUGA